CUGGAACUCGGGACGCUGGGGGGCGUGCUCCUGUGUGGGUCUGGACUUAUUGGUCGCAGCUGGGCCAUGUUGUUUGCUGCUGGAGGCUUCAAAGUGAAACUUUAUGAUAUUGCACAACAACAGCUAACAAGUGCGCUGGAAAACAUUCGCAAACAAAUGAAAGAUCUGGAGGAGUCGGGAUUCCUGAAAGGAGCUCGGAGUGCGGAGGAGCAGUUGGCUCUCAUUAGCGUCUGUACAGACCUGAAGGCAGCAGUAGAGGGUGCUACUUUCGUUCAGGAAUGUACUCCCGAGAACCUGGAACUGAAAAAGAAGAUUUUCAGUCAGUUAGACCUUCUUGUUGGUGACAAUGUUAUCUUGAGCAGCUCGACCUCAUGUCUCUUACCCAGCAAAUUGUUCACUGGCCUUAAACAUGUUAAGCAGUGUAUUGUGUCACAUCCAGUAAAUCCACCUUACUUUGUGCCGUUGGUUGAAAUUGUUCCUCAUCCAGAAACAGAUCCUUCUACUACAGAGAGAACGUAUGCCCUGAUGAAGAAGAUUGGUCAAUCUCCUGUCAAACUAAGCAGAGAAAUUGAGGGGUUUGUUCUGAAUCGGCUCCAGUAUGCAGUGAUAAGUGAAGCCUGGAGACUUGCGGGUGAAGGAGUAGUAUCUCCUACUGAUUUAGACCUUGUGAUGUCUGAUGGAUUGGGAAUGCGAUACGCAUUUAUUGGACCUCUGGAAACCAUGCAUCUUAAUGCAGAAG